AUGAGAUUGACGACGAUUCUUCAAUACCUUGACUUGAUGCUGAUGACAGCACGAGAGAUGCAAGCUCGCUUUCAAGCCAAGAAGAAAGACAUCCUGGGUCGGCUUGCGGUCCCAGCUGGCGAAUACACGGAUCUGUCACCAAAAGGCUCAGUCGAUGGACCAGUCCGGGAGCUCGUGGACGACAUCAACAGGACCGCCGAGUAUGUGACGACGAGCAGCUGCUCUGGCCGUGUGGUAGUCUAUCUCGAAGGCCCGCCUCGAUCUACAGCGUCCGAUCUUGACGAACGGGAAGGCGAGUCCGGCAACGAGGUCAAUGGCGUCUCAACGGCUUCUACGAGCGCGGGCGGGAAGGGCGGUGGCAGAUGGCUGUUCACCUCUCACGUCCCGAUUGAUCUCAAAGGACUCGGUGAACAGGGUCAGGUCCAAACUCUGCUUGGCCUCGAGCCCACGAAAAUGCUCUCAUUCCCGCCCGAGGAAGGGCAGUGCCAACGUGUGCAUCUGAAGUUCGAGCCGAUGAUCCUCCACAUUCUCACUUCUUCCCACGCAGAAGCACAAACUGCAUUGACGGCGGCGGUGACCUCAGGCUUCCGCGAGAGCGGUAUAAGCGGCCUCACUGACACUAAGGGCCAGCCUACUCUACCCAUGGUGGCGGUCAGGACUUCUGGUUUGGCUUUCGACACGACCGUUGGGUUCCUAUCAGACGGAAAAGUCCUUCUUAUGGUGCCUGAAACGUACCUGUACAAUCAACUCAAAUGGGCCAACUACCACUUUCAAAUGAACGAAGAACGCAAAGCUCGAUUCCGACAUAACUUUCUCGCCGCCACCUCCACAACGAGCAAAUCUACAACGACCCAGGGUGAGCGCAAAUCCAAACCUCUGUCUGAGAAGCAACGCAGGAAAGAAGCUCGUAAAGAAGCAUCACGCAAGUCCUUUGAGCGGGUCCGUCAGGAACCUCCUGACAUCCAAAUCUGUGAUGAAACAGAUGACGAGGAUGGACCAGAGGCUGAUCUUCGUAACUUGAUGGGCGGGUGA